GCAUUCGCGUCCUAUACACGCUAUGGACAGGGAAUAGUUGCCAGUGAUUGAUUAGAGAGACAGAGACCCAAUCCGAGCACCAACGAAACCACCACCGAAUAGAAACGUCAUCAUCAUGAUCAGUCUGAAUCCACCAACCUAUGCGCAUUUGCGCGAUGGCAGCAAUCUCAGCCUGGCGGAAAGUGUGCCCGCCGAAAUAAUGCAUAUGGUCGAUCCGUACUGGUAUCAGUGGCCACCACUCGAGCCCAUGUGGUUUGGCAUUAUUGGCUUUGUGAUCUCAAUACUGGGAACUAUGUCUUUGACGGGCAACUUCAUUGUGAUGUACAUCUUUACCUCGUCCAAGUCAUUGCGUACACCAUCGAAUAUGUUUGUGGUUAAUCUGGCUUUCUCCGAUUUCAUGAUGAUGUUCACCAUGUUCCCGCCGGUGGUACUAAACGGUUUCUACGGCACCUGGAUUAUGGGUCCAUUCCUGUGCGAGUUAUAUGGAAUGUUUGGCUCACUCUUUGGCUGCGUAUCCAUAUGGUCAAUGACUCUGAUUGCCUACGAUCGGUACUGUGUCAUUGUGAAGGGAAUGGCCCGGAAACCUUUGACGGUAACGGCGGCAGUGUUGCGUCUCCUGGUCGUUUGGAUAAUUUGCGGAACUUGGGCUCUGUUGCCACUCUUUGGAUGGAAUCGUUAUGUUCCAGAGGGUAAUAUGACAGCCUGUGGCACUGAUUACUUUGCCAAGGAUUGGUGGAAUCGAUCCUACAUCAUUGUAUACUCUUUCUGGGUAUAUCUAACGCCUCUGUUGACCAUUAUUUUCUCCUACUGGCACAUCAUGAAGGCGGUGGCAGCUCACGAGAAGGCUAUGCGGGAACAGGCCAAGAAGAUGAAUGUGGCAUCGCUGCGCAACAGUGAGGCAGACAAGAGCAAGGCCAUUGAGAUUAAGUUGGCCAAAGUGGCUCUAACCACCAUCUCAUUGUGGUUCUUUGCAUGGACACCCUAUACCAUUAUCAAUUAUGCUGGAAUCUUUGAGUCCAUGCACUUGAGCCCAUUGAGCACCAUUUGUGGAUCGGUCUUUGCCAAGGCCAAUGCGGUAUGCAAUCCCAUUGUCUAUGGCCUGAGCCAUCCCAAGUAUAAGCAAGUGCUUAAAGAGAAGAUGCCCUGCCUGGCCUGUGGCAAGGAUGAAUUUGCCUCAGAUUCACGGACUCAGGCCACCGCCGAAAUCAGCGAAUCGCAGGCUUAAAUUUCAAUAAAAAAAAAUCAAAGACGACGACUGCAGCAGAAGAAGAAGGAAGACUUACAACAACAAUUUUGCAUAGAAAAAGAUCCAAGAAAACGCCUCAAAAAAAAGUUAGCAAUGUUUAAAAAAUGUAAAAAAAAUAAUAAUGAAAACUGCAACUGAUAGAAAAUCAGAACAUA